AUGUGUUUCGGCAGCAGCAGCAAAGAUGAUCCCGAGGCGAAGAAGAGCAAGGAGAUUGAGAAACAGCUGCGGGAAGAUCAGAAGCGCUUGGAUAGGGAGGUCAAGCUCCUCCUGCUCGGCGCUGGCGAAUCCGGCAAGUCGACCGUGUUGAAGCAGAUGCGCCUGAUUCACACCAAGGGCUUCUCCUCCUCAGAACGGAAGCAAUGGAAAGUCACCAUCUUUCAGAAUCUGGUGCAUGCCUUCCAGGUCGUGUUUGGCGCAAUGGAAGAGCAAGAGGUGGAAUUUGCUGAUCCCAGCAGCGUGGGCUUCGCCGAACUCCUCGCCGCAGACCCAGAAAUUGGUCCUGACGAUUCAAUGCCAAACGACUGCCUCCAUGCUUUCAAGAAUUUAUGGAGAGAUCAAGGCGUACAGCUUGCGAUUAGAAAGGGCAACGAAUAUGCGCUUCACGACAACCUCACAUACUUUCUCACAGACGUGGACAGAUUAUUUGCCAGGGACUACUCACCGACCGACCAGGACAUCCUCAGAGCUCGACUAAGGACGACAGGAAUCAGCGAGACCAUCUUCGAGACUGGCUCACUAACGUACCGCAUGUUCGAUGUUGGUGGACAGAGAUCUGAGCGAAAGAAGUGGAUUCACGUUUUCGACAACGUACAAGUGGUACUCUUCCUGGUCGCCAUCAGCGGCUUCGAUCAUGUCUUGGUGGAAGACAGGAACGGCAACCAAAUGCACGAAGCUCUCAUGCUCUUCGAAUCCAUCGCGAACAGCAAAUACUUCGAAAAGUCCGCCCUCAUCCUCUUCCUCAACAAAAUCGACCUCUUCCGAGAGAAGGUUUCCUCUGGGCGGUCUCUCAUCCGCGAACACUUUCCAGAGUACACCGGAGCCGACACGGACGUCGAUGAAGGCCAACAAUUCUUCGCGCGGAAAUUCAAAAACUUGGUCCGCGAUCCUGAGAAAGAGGCAUACGUGCACUUUACCAACGCUACCGAUACGAACUUGCUGGACAAGACAAUGAAGAGUGUGCAGGAUAUGAUUGUGCAGCGGAACUUGCAUAACUUGAUGCUGUGA